UAUAUUAAUUUAACUAUUUUCAGGAGAAAAUGUAAUGUAGAGUGCCAAACUUAUAAUCUGUGAUACAAAUAUGUUUAGAGAGUGAUGCUUACUGACGCAAAAAACGGCUAACAGAAGUGCUCAUGAAUUCAAAUUAUUGAUCUAAUUGGUCUUUACGCGGUAGAAUCACAUUGUACUGCAUGGAGAAGACUUGUUUACAUUCAGACCAUGCUCCUGUGACGUCAGGCGUACUGUACCGACCAUUAAGUGUACUGCAGCUGGUUGUACAGAUUUACCGUGUUAAUUUAACUCCAAUAUGAAGGAGUUUAAGGUGGUAGUUCUGGGGUCAGGAGGAGUGGGUAAAUCAGCCUUGACUGUACAGUUUGUUAGUGGACGGUUUAUGGAGAAAUAUGAUCCAACGAUAGAAGAUUUCUAUAGAAAGGAGAUCGAGGUGGAUAACUGUCCCUGUGUCCUGGAGAUCCUUGAUACUGCUGGGACCGAGCAGUUCGCCAGUAUGCGGGACCUUUAUAUCAAGAACGGCCAGGGGUUUGUCGUCGUCUACUCACUCACAAAUCAUCAAACCUUCCAGGACAUUAAAACUAUGCGUGAUCAGAUAGUUCGAGUGAAAGGAUCCGACCGUGUUCCUAUCCUUCUGGUCGGUAAUAAGGUCGACCUAGAGAGCCAGCGCGAGGUCCCAACCGUCGAGGGAAUGGCGCUCGCUCAAAUCUGGGGAUGUCCGUUCGUCGAGGCGUCUGCGAAGAACCGAAUGAACGUGAACGAAGUGUUCGCCGAAACAGUUCGAGAGAUGAAUAUGAGACCGGACAGUAAAGAUCGUGAAAUCAUCUGUACUUGUUGUGUUAUAUCGUAGAAGAUCUCACGGACCGUCAACGGUCAUAAAAAAACUAUUCAUUAUAAAGAAAUUGUAUUUUUGAUAAAUGUAACCUUACAUAACUCCAUGGAUAGAUUGGAAUGUUCCUAUUAUAAAGUCAUGUUAAGGCAAAUUUUGUGUUAGCAAUUUUGCGUUUCAGAAAUUGUGAAAAAAUUUAUCUUAAAAAAUGUUUUUGUAUUAAAGAUGAUUGAGAUGAUUUAGUCUAGAAAUGGGCGCUUUUUUGUCAAAUAUUUUCCAUCUACUUAUCUUUCCUUUUAAUUGAUAAAUUCGUCUCUUCUUGAUAUUUUUUAAAAAUAUUCUUAAAACCUUCAAGUCUUGCCUCGGAUAAAAAAAAUAUUUCCCCCUACCGCCACCAACACCACUUACUCAAAAGGAACUGUACAGUGCUCUUAAAAAUACUAAGCACAAAGCAACCCAUAAAUAUUUUUGUGUGCAAAGAAAUUAUAAAAGAAGUUGUUUCCAAAUCAUGCGGAUUUCAAUUCUCAUAAGCUCAAAUUUGCCAAUUUUAAAAAAUGCGGGAAAUUGAAUUCCAGUCGUAUUAAAUUAAAGCAAUAUUUUAAACCGCACGAAAAAGUCUUGUUAUACUUAAGGAACUACGUAAUAUUUUGAUUUACAAGAUAUCAAAUUUUCAAACUAUUCAUGUUUUUUUAAAUGAUUUGAUUAAACAAAUGAGCUCUUGAUUAUUAAAUGCAAUUAUUUAGUUUCUAACGAGAAUCGUAAAGAUUUAAAAAAUGUGUUGAUUUAGUUACUGGUGUACUUAUUUAAACAUCACCUAGAGAUUCAAGUAUUGAACGGUUAUUAUUUCUUCCAGUCAAGUCUUCUAUGCAAUCCCUAAUAUUAUUUAAGGUUUAAACUUUAAAUUCAAUACUUGUUGUGUAUACUCCUCUGUAAGUAUGUAAAUAAACGUAUAUAUAUGGGGGCCUAACAGUGAUAUAAGGCGUAAAUUUCUUUUUUUAGGGUCAUUUUAUUUUAUCAGGGCUUUAAACAAAGUUAAAUAUUAUCAAACACCAAACCCGAUAUUUAAAAGUUUUAUUUCUUCAAAAUUGCGGUUCUUAAUUAAUGGAAAUGCAAUAGGGUAACAUUUAUUUGGAUCUUUUUAAUGUCGAAAAUUAUUUUGUCAUGGAUGGGGGGAGGGGUAAACUUUAAAAUUUUAUGUCCCUAAAUCCAAUGUUACUUCCUAUGUGACCUUAAACUGUAAUUUUUAUAUGGUAUGAAUAAGAAUAUAUAUUCUUCAGAUUAAA